ACCUCUUGAUUAGAUACAUCCAACUCAUGAAAACAGAUAGAAGUAGCCAAGAUAGGCGAAGUUUUGACUAUGUAUGGCGUUCUAUGGUAGCUGGAGGUACAGCAGGUUGCGUCGCCAAAACUGCAAUCGCACCAUUUGAUAGAGUAAAGAUACUCUUUCAAGCGAGCAACCCUGAAUUUAAAAAGUAUGCAGGCACAUGGACUGGCGUAUUUAGAGCUUUGCGACCGAUAUAUAACGCAAAUGGUGUGAGAGGCUUAUUACAAGGGCAUUCAGCUACAAUAGCGAGGAUAUUUCCAUACGCAGCGAUUAAAUGGGCAGCAUACGAACAAGCGAGACAUUUCUUCAUACCAAAUGAGGGCGAGUCAACACCGUUUAGGGAGUUCUUAUCGGGUGCAACCGCAGGACUUUGUUCUGUGAUAUGUACUUAUCCGUUAGAACUCAUACGUGUACGGACAGCAUUCAAAACACGCUCAAAAGGCAGAGUGCGAUUAAGUGAUGUCAUGCGUGAUAUUUAUUAUGAAGGUCAACCACCACCGUCAAAGACAGCUACAACAGCUAAAUUCAGUAGAAAGCUUCUCAAUAAAGUCUCUUUAUUGAAAUUUUACCGUGGAUUUUCAAUGACGAUGAUAGGAAUUAUACCAUACGCUGGAAUGUCUUUCUUAGUUUAUGAGCAAGCCUCAAAAUCAAAAAUACGGUCGUUUUUUAAAUCUAAAAGUGCGGGUGAUUUAUUAUGUGGUGGCAUAGCAGGUGCUGUUGGACAAACAUCCGCAUAUCCAUUUGAAGUUAUUAGACGUAGAAUGCAAGUAGGUGGUCUUUUACAUCCAGAUAGAUUCGUGAACUUCAAUGAAACAUGUUCAUUAAUAUAUAGACAAUCAGGAAUUAGAGGUUUUUGGGUUGGUUUAUCCAUUGGUUAUCUAAAAGUCAUUCCAAUGAAUGCAAUCUCAUUCGCGACAUACAAUCUAGCAAAGAAGAUGUUGUUUAGAGAGUAUUAAU